AUGGCAAGAAUCAAGGUGUAUGAACUGAGGCAAAAAACGAAAGCAGAUCUUCUGAAUCAAUUGAAGGAUCUCAAAGCAGAACUUGCUCUUCUCCGCGUUGCUAAGGUCACUGGUGGAGCCCCAAACAAACUCUCCAAAAUAAAAGUUGUUCGGCUUUCAAUAGCUCAGGUUUUGACUGUGAUUUCACAGAAGCAAAAGUCCGCGUUGAGGGAAGCUUAUAAGAAGAAGAAAUACUUGCCUUUGGAUUUGCGUCCUAAGAAGACAAGAGCUAUUAGAAGACGUCUUACCAAGAAUCAGCAAUCUUUGAAGACAGAGCGUGAGAAGAAGAAAGAAAUCUAUUUCCCAUUGAGGAAAUAUGCAAUUAAGGUGUAA